AUGUCUUUAAUUGAAGCACGCACGAUCUUGUCGCUUCCACUCGCCCACCACCGCGAGCACCACAUCGCAAAACUAGAAGGCGCUCUCCCCCGCUCAGCCACCUGGUACUCGCAGCACCACCUUGCCGCGCCAGCUCCAUUCACCUACGCGUCGCCCAGAGAGAGCCGCACAUCACUGCUGGCCAAGAACAGUCCUACUCUCUCCUCGGCUGACACCGCAGAGGAUUCCAGCAUCUCCUCCCCCGUUCAGAACAGUCCUUCCCUCCCCCUCCCAGCCCCAUCUUUCCACCCCGCCCGUCCAGGCUCGUCCUCGUCACUGGGCUCCAGUGACCCCGGCCAUGGCUCUCCGCGUUCGUCGCCCCUCGAACCGCCGCGCCAUAUGCGCUCCUCCUCCUCUUCUCCAGGUUCAGCCCCUCGUUCGCGUCCUCUUUCCGUAUCUUCUUCUCACAGCACCCUUCACUCCAAGACUAGUCGACAUACUAUGAGGGGCGUCCCCCAUGGUCCCCAUAGCCAGGUCCAGAUCGUCCUACCCACCCCUCUCGCUGUCGACCUCUCCGCGUCAGCCAGCGGGGAUUUCGCAUCUCAGAGGCGCGUUAGUCGCUUCGAUACCACCGACCGCAGGAGUAUCGUCGACAGAUGGGUAUCUCCAUCCGCAAUGACGCUUCAGCCCUCCAGUUCGUACCCACAGCUGCCCCCGGUUCCGCGCAUCCCUUCCAUGUACAUGGACUCGGCUAUCUCUGAGACCGGCGAGAUAGAUGGUGGUCGGGGUAGAUCAGGCUCUGUGUCCAACGACGGCCGAGUCAAUGCUCGGAGUACUAGCAAGGGGCGACGCCUGCAGAAGAAGCGCGAUACCAUGAAUAACCAGAGCAUAGGCUAA